AUGAAACCGCUUUCCGCAUUUCUGCUACUGUUCACUUGCUCCGUAGCAACGGCGCAGCUGUUUACAUUACCCGUAGAACGCCCCGGCCCCUACGCCCUGCGCAUCUUCCGUCAGAAGCCUAUCGUAGACCCGGUCGGCCCAGCUAUGCCGCCCUCAGAGCCCUCUGACUCCCGGCCACCCCCGGCGCAAGGGGGCGUAAGACUCUCCGACGUCAUGGGUCGUGACAGGAGCAUCAACGUCUUCGCCGGUUUUACUCGCGACAUCGAGUCUGCCUCCCGUCGUCUCGAUGACCAGGCACAUAAUACCACUGUAUUGGCGCCGCUGAACUCCGCCGUCGAGAAUCUGCCGCGGAAGCCCUGGGAAGACCCCAAAGAAUACCAGCAUUUUGGUGAAAAUGCCUAUGAGGGCGAUGAUGGCCAGGAGAGGGCGCAGAGGAACAUUCAGCGGUUCGUCGAGGCACACAUGGUACCUGUGAGUCCGUGGCCGGAGAACCACAAGGCGAAGGCAAUAGGCGACGAUAGGGAUAUUUGGUGGGAAAACAAAGACGGGACCAAGUUUAUCCAGCCAGGCAAUAUUGAGGUUGUAAAUGUAGCAAGCACCGUUGCAAACGGCGAGGUGUGGAUUAUUAAGGAGAAGACGAUCGAUCUCAGGAUGAUGAGCGGGAAACCCGCUGACGAGCGCGCUCUCGACUCUUUGGAAGAGAACCGUCGCCUCAUGGCCAUGGAGGCCGACAGAAUGGAUCGACGCGAAAAGGAGCGACGUGAUCAGGAACGACACGAACAAGAGCAGGCUGAAAGACGUCUCCGCGAGGGAUACCCUCCCGGGCCUCCUCAUCACAGCAAUGCUGGCUCGAUCCCGAUACACCAGCCCGUCGCAUCCCGCGCCAUGGGCGCAAUCCACAGUCCUGGUGGCCUCCUUGCAAACCACGGCUCAGGCUCAUCCGGUCCUCCCAUGCCCCUCGGCGCCCCUUCGGGUCCCGGCACGAACUUCGGCGGCCCUCUUCAGCCCGAAAAUAACAGGCCACCGCAACAUGGCGGUCCGAACAACCCCAACCCCCAGCAUCAGAUGUUUGCACCCAUCCCGCAUACGACCGGCCCUCCGACCGGCUCUCUAGGCGCCGCCAAUGGAGGUCCCCCUGUAUUUGGGGGGCCUCUGCAACAGCGCGAUGGCCAACAACCGAUGCAACAAGGACCGUUCGGUGGUAGCGCCGGUAACAGUGGUGGUGGCGGCGCUGGCGCUGCUGGUGCCCAGGGCCAGGUGCAACAACAAUCGCAAGGAGGCAUUGCCCACGGCCAACAACCUAUUCUAAACGAUGCCUUGACAUAUCUGGACCAGGUCAAGGUGCAGUUCCACGACCAACCGGACGUGUACAACCGCUUCCUUGACAUAAUGAAAGACUUCAAGAGUCAGGCAAUCGAUACUCCAGGGGUCAUCAACCGUGUAUCGGAGCUCUUCGCCGGUCAUCCCAACCUCAUUCAGGGCUUCAAUACCUUUUUGCCGCCUGGGUACCGGAUUGAAUGCGGUGCUGGUAAUGAUCCGAACACUAUUAGAGUCACCACACCCAUGGGCACCACCGUUCAAUCCAUUGCUGGUAGGGGUACACAGGUGGAUGGUGGUCAUGCGCAUCCUGGGGGCGCCUCGCAACCGCUGUUCCCACAGCGCGGAAACAACUGGCAGCAGCAGCAGCAGCAGCAGCAACAGCAACAGCCUCAACAUAGUAUCGAGAGUCCCGAGGCCAAUUUCAGCACACCUGUACAGAAUGGUCCUGGCCCAUUUGGCCCGACCCAGAACCUAGGUGCUGCUUUUGAGGCUCAGGGUGGUGGCCAGCAGCGUGGCCCUCAAGCUCAAGGCACCCAUCCUGCCAACGCGCAACAGCCGCCUCGCAGUGCACACACUCCAACUCCGGUCACCGGACCCGCAAAUGUGAAUGGCAACGCCAGCCAGCAGCAACAGCAGGCCAACAUGGAACGCCGCGGUCCUGUUGAGUUCAACCAUGCCAUCAGCUAUGUUAACAAAAUAAAGGCAAGUGCACCUAACCGCUUCCAGGAUAAGCCCGAGAUAUACAAACAAUUUCUCGAGAUCCUCCAAACCUAUCAGCGCGAGCAAAAACCCAUUCAGGACGUUUACGCUCAAGUUACCACGCUGUUUCACACUGCCCCGGAUCUAUUGGAAGACUUUAAGCAAUUCUUGCCAGAGUCUGCCGGCCAAGGCAAAGGCACACCUGGCCGCCCCGGCGAGGAACAACCACCUGGUCCUGGCCCAAACCAAACACCCCAACCUAGUAUGGGCGGUCAAAAGAUGCCUCCCCUCGGCAGCUUCGCACCUCCCAGCGCCUCGAAGGAGAACAAUAAGAAGCGACCAAGAACUGACAAGCAAACGCCUGUUCCCGCACCUGCAAUUGUCGAGGCUCCGCCUCCUGUGAACAGAGCUGCGCCGGGCGCUCCCCCGGUUGCUGCGGGCAACAAUAAGCGAGCGAAAUUGGCGCACAACAAGGCGCUCACUGCUGAUGCGCCGCCGGUCGAGCCAACGUUGACGCCUAUUUUGCCCGAGCCACUUGGGCCACCCACAGCGACCACCUCGAACUCCGAUGAAAUUGCCUUCUUCGAGAAGGUGAAGAAGUAUCUAGGCAACAAGACAGCGUUCAAUGAGUUUCUCAAAGUUUGCAACCUGUUCAGUCAAUCGAUCAUUGAUAGGAACACUGUCUUCCAUAAGGGCAGUGUCUUCUUUGCCGCAAACCCUGAGCUGAUGGGAUUUUGGAAGGCGUUCUUGAAGUACGAACCACAUGACGAGAUUGUUGAUAACCGUCCGGCCCCGCCAAGUGGCAAGGUAUCUUUGAGCAACUGUCGUGGUUACGGCCCCAGCUACCGCCUUCUUCCUAAGCGGGAGCGACUUAAGCCUUGCAGUGGCCGUGACGAGUUGUGUAACUCUGUUCUGAAUGACGAUUGGGCUUCUCACCCGACCUGGGCUUCUGAGGACUCUGGCUUCGUUGCCCACCGCAAGAAUGGAUUUGAGGAGGGUCUCCACCGUAUUGAGGAGGAACGCCACGACUAUGAUUUCAAUAUCGAAGCUAACCUGAAAUGCAUCCAGCUUCUGGAGCCUGUCGCCCAGCAAAUCAGUGUCAUGUCACCGAUUGAGCGCGAGCACUUCCAGAUGCCUCAGGCAUUGGCUGGUCACAGCACUUCUGUCUUUAAGCGCGUUUGCAAGAAGAUCUACGGCGACAAAGGCCCUGAGGUCGUCAAUGACCUGUUCUCCAAUCCUCUCAACGUUGUCCCAAUUGUUUUGACUCGCAUGAAGCAGAAGGACGAAGAAUGGCGCUUCUCGCAGCGUGAAUGGGAGAAGGUCUGGCACGCCCAGGUCGAGCACAUGCAUCUCAAGAGCCUGGACCACAUGGGCAUUCUGGUUAAGCAGAACGACAAGAGAAACCUCUCAGCAAAGCAUCUUGUCGAUGUCAUCAAAACAAAGGCAGAAGAACAAAGACGCCAGCGCAGCUUGAAGGGCAAAGCUCCUCGUCACCAGCUCGUUUGGGAUUUCUCUGACAAGAAGGUUGUAAUUGAGCUCCUCCGCUUGAUGAUGCUUUAUACCGUUAGCAGCGGCCAGCAUAGUGUGCCGGAAAAGGAGCGUAUUACCGAAUUCUUUGAGACAUUCAUCCCCGCCUUUUUCGACAUCCCUGAAGAGGAGAUCGAUGGCCGACUCCCAAGAUUGCAAGAUGUAUCCGAAGAAGAUGAUGCCGAAGAGAGUGUCCCAGCUGAGCUUACAAACGGCCGUAGUCGCCGUACUGGCAGGAGAGGUGAUUUACUUCGUGGUGUUCUUGAUCCCGGACGCAACGGCUCGAAGCCUCGUGCGCAAAAGGAGGACAGCGCUGCGUCUGGCAGCAAGGAGACCACGCCCGAUGUGGGCUCAGCUAACGAAGAAGAGAUGCCUGAUGCUCCAGAAGAUGGCGCAGGCCCUGAGGUAUCCAACGAGCGCUGGAUGCCAAUUGUGCCGCAACCCAUUGUCACCACAGGUGACGAUACCCUUUUGACCGCCGAUGGUGAGCUGAAGGCUGACGGGUUCUUCUCUCGACCCUGGUACAACUUCUUCUGCAACCAGACAAUUUUUGUCUUCUUCAAUGUUUUCCAGACAGUCUAUACCCGUCUUAGAGACGUGAAAGAGAGCAAGGAAAGUGUCAUUGAGGAAAUUAACCGCGUCAACCGCCCGCGCCCUGCUAAGGAUAUUGGCUUGGCUGAUAAUACUCUCAACUACUUUGGCCCUCAUGAUGACUCCUCAACGUUCUGGCCUAAGACCGUUGAGCUUAUUGAGGAGUAUAUCACCGGAGACAUUGAUGAGGUCAGAUAUCAGGAUGUCCUACGCCAUUACUACCUGAAGAGUGGUUGGAAGCUGUACACCAUCCAGGAUCUUUUGAAGACGCUUUGCCGCCUUGCCCUUACCUGUAGCAGUACAGAUGCCAAGGAGAAGACUCCUGAUCUGAUUCAGCAAUACCUCCACAGUCGUGAAAAGGAUGAGACCAACUACCAGGCAGAGAUUGCAUCCAGGAAAUACGCUGAGAAGUGUGUUAAGGAUGGGGAGAUGUUCGUUAUCUGCUGGUUCCCGCAAAAGUCAGAGGCUACUGUCCGUUGGUUGCAACGAGAAGAUACGACAUUUUACAUGGAUGAAAUGAAGGCCAAGGACCGCUGGCAAUACUACAUUUCGUCAUUCAUCCAAGUUGAGCCGACUGAGGGAGUCCCUCGCCACAAGCUCCAAAAGACCGUCUUGGCCCGGAAUCUGCCAUCCAGCGAUGAGAAAUUUGACGACAGCCAGAUCCCUAAGCCUAUCUCGUAUGAUGAGGACCUUUCGAUAAGCAUUUGUCUUAACUCGAGCAAGAUGGUGUGGAAAGCGGGCACCUCUGAGUACUUUGUCUACGACAACGUCCCCAAGGAUAAGGAAGCACGGGAGCGCCACCUUGAGAGACUCAAGAACGCGAGUAACAAGCGCGAUACCAAACUCCGCGAGAAGUUUGUCUUCAACAGUCCCUGGAUGAAGGGCAUGAGCCAGUCGGAUGUACAGAAGUCCAAUGAGGGCUGGUCCAAAUGGCUCAAGGAGGGCGUUCUUCCAUCCUCUGAUUUCGGCGACGCUAUGGACACUGCAGAGUGA